CUGCAACUGCGGUUGCCCACUGCAAGAGAGGAAAUGGCCUCAUUAAAGUGAAUGGAAGACCCCUGGAAAUGAUUGAGCCCAGAACUCUGCAGUAUAAACUGCUUGAACCUGUCCUCCUCCUGGGGAAGGAACGGUUUGCUGGUGUUGACAUCAGAGUCCGCGUAAAGGGUGGUGGCCACGUAGCACAAAUCUAUGCUAUCCGUCAAGCUAUUUCCAAAGCAUUGGUGGCUUACUAUCAAAAAUAUGUUGAUGAAGCUUCCAAGAAGGAGAUCAAGGAUAUUCUAAUCCAAUAUGAUAGGACUCUGCUGGUUGCAGAUCCUCGCCGUUGUGAAUCCAAGAAAUUUGGAGGACCUGGUGCUCGUGCACGCUACCAGAAGUCUUACCGUUAAAAUUGUCCUACAGUCAUGUGACAGUCAAUAAACAUAAAGAGAAUUUGAUAAAUU